AUGGCGCGAGGUGUUGCUCUCCUAUUUUUAGUGGCGUGCGUAAAUUGCAUGGAGAUGCGGGAGACAGUGGAGAGAAUGGUCAUGGUGCGAACCACCGGGUCUGACCUUCAACCUGCAGCAACAGGCUACAUUUAUAAAAAAGAUAAUGAUGGCCCUGCCAGUGUUACCAAAAUGGGGGAAAGUGAAGUGAUGGAACAUUUUUCAAAAAUGUACGAGCAACCGAAAUCCUUCGCGGCGCCUAUUCCCGUCGCUGCUGGGCCUUUUUAUGUUAAAGAAAAUGAAGAUAAACACGCAGCUUUAUCCAGUGAGUCCAAAAUUAUACCUGUCGUUGAAAAUCAGGAGGAAAAGGAUGACCAUAUUGACGGAAUCGCUGAUGAGGACUACUCGAAAAUUUUCGGCGAAUACGCUUCCGAUUUCGGGGACUACAAGUCAGACUUCGAUGAAUAUUUGAAAAGCCUGGGGUAUACUGAUGAUGGGAUUAAUCACGAAGAUGCAAAUGGAAAGGAUUACGGCACACAAGGACACCACGAGCAUGGGGACAGCGAAAAGAAAGGGUAUGGGAGUAAACACGCGUACGAAAAAGGGGGUUCCGGGGAUUAUCAGUCUGCAAAAUAUGAAAGUUACGCAGUAUCAGGAGAGGGUGGACACAAAAAGAAGUUUGAUGACGCAGACGAAUCCGGGAAUCACCAUGCCCAGGAACACGGGUAUAAAGGGGGAGACCACGGAUUCAAAUCCGGAGAUAGCAAAGGUAAAGCGGUCGAUGGGUUUUACAAACUCUUCGACAAAGACGAAUACAAGAAAGACCAUGACUUUUACGAUGGAGAUGCGAUCAAAGGUGGCUUCUACAAAUUCGAUGGAGGACACACUCAUCACGGAUCAGGCGCCGGAGGAUUCGACAAGGGAGACGCUCAUGACUCGGGACAUUACGAGAAUGAGUUUGGAAAGAGUGGUUUCCAUGACAAGCAGUCCGGAGAGGAACGCGACGCGGGUCACUCUGGGGAAGAGGGGGGAGAGUCCUCCCAACACUAUCAGGGGGAUUUCGGCUCUCAGGGGGAAGGUGGAAAGCACGGCAGCAGGAGCUACGGCUACGAAAUCAAGCACUGA